UUUAUGGUUGUUUUUGUUUAGUCUUGUAACUUGGAAAGAGAGAAACAAGAAACAUAUGAUAUGACGCCAACGUUCAACAUCUCUAGAAAUCUUCACAAGCUUCAGGCAACAAAAGAUGGCCACUACUACUGCAAAUGAAGAUCAGACGACGAUGAAGGCACAGAAAGAGAAAUGCCCUCGCUGUCACUCCUUCAACACCAAAUUCUGUUACUAUAAUAAUUACAGCCUCUCACAGCCACGCUAUUUUUGCAAGUCAUGUAGAAGGUACUGGACUCAAGGCGGCACCCUCCGUAACGUCCCCGUCGGCGGCGGUUCUAGAAAAGGAAAGCGUCCCAAAAUAACCACCGCUGCCGCCGCCGUCACGUCACUGCCUCCUCCUCCUCCUCCUGCGGCGGCGGUAGAAUUUGCCAGUACUAGUGGUGGGUAUUUGGCGUCUGUGGAGUCGCCGCAGAUUUUCAAUCAGUCUACUCUCGAUCAUGUGGGGGUUUAUUCGUUUGGAGCAGAAUUACAAAAUUGGCCUCAUCGGAGCUUUGGCGACGAUCUUAAUCCGGCGGUGUCAGAUGCCUCCACGUGGACCAUCAACGGCAGUGGCGCUACGGCUUCUUCAUCUGCAGCUGCUUCAGGUAAUAAUCAAAAUUCAAGCGCUGCAAGUUGUAAUUUGGAUCACUGGUCGUCUGAUCAUGAUGAUCAUCAUCAUCUGCCACCUGGCUAUGGCCUUCCGCCAUGAUUUUAUGAUCUUCUGUGUUAUUUUUUCAAUUCUCGCAUUACCUACCGUUACCAAGCUUCUCAUACAUACCAUAAUUUUAAAGACUCAAUUUUUAUCUCUGUAACACACACAAAAACAUAUAGAAGAUAUUUAUUGCAUGUUCACUUUUUUUU